GGCGCUGCCUGUUGCCGCUGCCUGCCAACUUCAAUGAUGCGCCGACCUCCAGCUUUAUUCGCUUUCUGCUUCUGCCUCGAUCUCGAAUACAGGGCCUCUGCCGCGCCGAAGGCGUAGAAGCUACUGGCAGGCCGCAAUCAUGUCCUCGUCGCGUUCUCCGAACGCAAGACUUGCGCGGGCCAGGGAGCUCCUCAAGAACGCGGACUGUAACCUGUCUCCGGAGCACAAGGAGCUCGUUGCGCGGGCGGGCGCCGCGUUCAAUCGCGGUGGCCAGUUUGCGGACUCGGUCAUGAUGCAGACGCGAAUGAUCGUAUGCAGGACCUUUGAGAGACCGGAGGACGGGAAGACGCAUACGCGUGUUGUGUUUGAGGUGACAGUCUCGCAAGACAUGUGCAAUGCACACAAUAUGAUGCAUGGCGGCUGUGCAGCGUUUCUUGUGGACGCCUGCACAUCGGUUGCGCUAGUCGUUCAAGGUCUGGUCACGGGUGGUGCUCUAGACCUUGUCUCUCAGUCCCUCGACACUACCUAUCAUGCUGGAGCGAAACUCGGAGACGCGUUGAACGUUGUAUGCACUACUGUAUCUUCCGGAAAGCGAGCGGUAACCGCGCACGCCGAGGUAAGCCUGGCAGAUUUACUUUGGCCGUCUUCCUGGUGACAUAUGGUGAUAUCCGUAGAUUUGGAACGUUACAGCAAAGCGCCUCGUCGUGACUGGGAAUCAAGUCAAAAUGGGUCCCAGUAGAUCCGAGUUUAAGUUAUA